CUGUAUAAAACUGUAGCAUAUCACACACAUUGUACUGACAACUAAAUCAGCAACACUGUAAAAAUGGUCGCCAAAUUCGUCAUCGUCCUGUCUCUCGCCGUGGCGGCUUACGCCGUGCCCCUUGUCCCCAUCAGCAAGGUGGUGUACGCCGAGCCUGAGGCGCCCGCUCACUACGAUUUCUCAUACUCCGUGCACGAUGACCACAGCGGUGAUGUGAAGCAGCAGCAGGAGUCUCGUCAAGGCGACGCCGUGCACGGCUCGUACUCUCUUGUGCAGCCCGACGGUGUGCACCGCAUCGUCGAGUACACCGCCGACAAGGAGCACGGAUUCAACGCCAACGUGCGCUACGAGGGCACCCCCGUCCACGCUGAACCCGCCAAGAUCGCAUACGCCGCCCCCGUCGCCAAGGUCGCCUACGCCGCCCCUGUAGCUAAGGUCGCCUACGCCGCUCCCGUUGCCAAAGUAGCGUACGCCCCAGCCGCCGUCUCUUACUCCCACGCUCCAGUCUACGCCGCUCCCGUCGCCAAAGUCGCCUACGCUGCUCCCGUAGCUCAUGUGACUUACUCCUCUCCCGCCAUCUCUUACCACCACUAA